AUGGCUACAGCUACUGCUGUUAAUUGUCCAAUGCUUUUUCAAGUUGGAAAAUUGGGAACGGUUCGUGUUGAUCGAACCGUUGAUGCUUAUGCAGAAUCAACAAAAUCUCAACAAACCUCUACACAACCCUGUUCCGUAGCAUUAAGACAAUUAUCAAGAAAAACACCAUCUUCAGCACAAUUGAUAUGUUCUGCAGUACCGUUAUCUAUUCAACAACCAACAAGUAGUUAUGUACCAAUUACAAAAUGGAUUGGCGGUGGAGAAGAAGAUCAACAAACAAAUAAUUCGGAUAUAGCUGUUAUCUAUUCAGUUGUACGAAAUUCAUCUAUUUCAUCUUCUAAACGAACUCCUUCACCUAAAUUGAUAACAAUUUCAUCGAAUAUCCCAAUACCGACGACACGAUCAAAACAAUAUGUAAUUGAACAACCACCAGUUGACAAGGAUUAUUCAAUAAAUUCAAUUGCUGUUACACACACAUCUAAACACGCUCAAAUUAAAUCAUUGAUUGCCGAUCGAUUAUCAUCGAAUCAAAACAGUAAUUCUUCUCCAUUUCCUUCAUCCCCUUCCAGUCCUAAAUCAGCCACAUCUCUUCCAACACCAUAUCUAAACCCAUCAAUAUCACCAUCUAUACGUAUUCAAACAUCAACAUCAUUUACUUCACAUGAUAGGAAACCAUUACAUCAAAAACGACCGUAUUCAUUUCGAAUGUGUACGCCAAUGAAUAAUGAAACGAGUACACCAUCAAAGACGAGUCCAUCACCACCACCACCAACAUUACGUCGUCGUUCAUUUCGCACUACUCCACGUAACGUUAUUGAACGACAAUUAUCAAAUUUAUCGGGGCGUGUUAGUCAGUUACAUGAACAGUUUAUUCAACGUCUAUCUGAUUUAGCUAGUAGUAGUCAUCGUCAACGAAAUCGUUCUUUAACAUCGUUACAUACAACAUCGUCAACAAAUUGUACUACGAAUACAUCAUCUCCUAGUCCCGGAACAUCCGAUAAAUCUAAAACAUCACAUCGAAAAUUAGUUAAACCGAGACCAAAAUCGGAAACAUACGAUGAUCAUCAUCGUAUUGCAAUUGCAGGAGCUGCUGCAUUACCACCAAUAGUAGUACCGUCAAAUCAAUCUGCUGGAUCAUAUGCCUCAUUAACUUUACUGGGUCAUCCAAUUCCAAAAACUCCCCAAAAAUAUCCAGUAACAAAUCAAAAUGGCUCAUUUCGUUCGUAUCCAUCAGUUUCAGAUAGUAUUGCUAGUUCACAUUCAACAACAUCGGCAAAUAUAAAUUCCAUUAAUAAUAAUGAUAUUAAAAAAAUUCGUGAAAAGUAUGAACAAUCAAUUAAACAAUUUGAAAGUUUAAAAAAAGAAUAUGAACGACAAAAAGCAAAAAAUAAUUCAACAAAAGUUCAACAAUUAGAACAACAGAUAAAACAGUAUGAAAUACAAUUAAAUGAAUUUAAAAGGCGAUUAGAUCUAGUUGAGAAACAAAAUUCAUUACCUGAAUCGACUAUGCUAAAUGCUAUGACUACUGUUAGUAAUAAUACUACUGGAUCUACCACAUCUGUUGUUACUACUAAUAGAGAACCCGUUAAUUCUCCAUUUCAAACGAUAAAACGUAAAUUGCAUGGGAAUAAACAUGACAUGUAUGAUCUUGUUAAGUAUUGGGAUGGCUCAUUAAUUCCAAAUGAUGAAAAAUUCAAUUUUCGUCGAGAUGGAAUCGAUUCUGAAGAUGAAAGUCCACAUAUAAAUAAUCAUAAUGCGUUUGAUCCCAAAUUAUUGACACAUUCCUAUUCAACAUCUUUAUCAUCGUUCGAUGAUAUUUCUUUAUUAGUAUUAUCAGCGAAUUGGGCACCGUUAACAGUUUUUCUUAAUUUUCUUUUAACCACAACAAAUAAUGAUCCAAGUUAUUUGUUGUUUUAUAUAUUCAUUGAAGAACUGAUGCGUUUACGUAAAACUGAUAAGAACGAACUUAUUCGUUGGAUAUUUGAAAUUCAUUCCACAUUUACGAUGAAUGGAAGUCCAUUGUAUAUUAAUCUUCCACAACAACAAGUCGAUUCUCUAAAUCGUUAUUUUGAUAAUUCUGAAACAUCUCGUGAAGAAGAUACAAAAACAUUGUUUAAUGAUGCAAAAGAAUAUGCAAAAAAUUAUAUCACACAAAAUCAAUUAACAGAAUUUAAUCAUAAACGAACACUGGGUUUUGUAAAUUUGUAUGGUGAUUUGGCGACGAUUCAUGAUCGUUCAAAACAACAACAUUUUAUCGAAGAAGUUUUAAAACCACAUAUUGAAAGUAUUUAUAAACCAAAUAUUGAUGACUGGAAUGGUAUUAAAAAUGGACGAGAUUUGGCACUUAUAUGUUCAUUAGCUACAUAUUUGAAACGAUGUGAUAUAAAAAAAUGUGGCAACAUUCCAUUAGACAAGAUUCCCAAAUUUUUUGAUAAAGAACAGAGACGUUUUAUGGCAAAAUUACAACGACCAAAUCCAGUUAAAAAAAUCAAAGAUCAUUUGUUUUAUGAACAUCAAUUUACAUCGGCGACAUUAUGUCAAUUAUGUAACAGACCAUUAUGGGGUAUUAAUUAUCAAGGUUAUUGUUGUCAAUAUUGUCAACAGGCAUUUCAUCGUGAAUGUACAGUUAGUGCUGAAAAAUGUUCUAAAGAUCGUAAAAAUGCUUUAUCAACAAAAUUAAAAAAGCCACCAAAUCGAAAUCCACCAAGUCCUUCGCAUGCUGAUAGUAUUCAUGAACGACGAGAAGGUAGCUUAGCGAAUGAUGUUUACGAGCCUUUAUACGAUAAUUCAGAUGCAACUAUUGGUGGUUUAAUGUUGCCUGACAAAGCAUCUCAGGAUUACAAAAAUGCUACAAAUCUUGGUCGAUGUUAUAGUGAAAGACUUCGACCACAUGAACGUCCUGUUCAAUCAAAGAAUCGUUCUACCAGUGUAUUACAAUUGAAUAAUCCUCAAUUGGGUGAUCGUACUGUUGAUGAAUUUCUUAAUCAACCGCCAGACGAUAAUCAAGAUCCAAAUUCCAAAACUACUACGUCAGAUUUAAUUGUAAAUACGAUAAGUCAAGAAUCAAUUUUGGCUGCUGGUAGUGGAACAGAUGGUGAUUCAGAUUUAGAUGCUGAUGUAAAUACAUUACCAAAUUUAAAAGAUGAUAUUAUACCAGAUAGUGCAUUCAAACAUUUAAAAGCAAAAGAAAUUAAAUUACAAAUAACAAUAAAUGAAUUAAUUCAUACUGAACGAACACAUUUAAAAAGUUUAAAAAUUAUGAGAAAAUGUUUUAAAGAGCCAAUGGAACGUUUUCCAGGCAUGUCACCAGUAGAAUUAGAUUGUAUAUUUCGAAAUCUUGAUCAAUUAAUUGAAUUACACACACAAUUUAAAAUUGCAUUAAGACAACAUCGUGAACAAGCAGAAAAUCAUAUUGUUAGAGAAAUUGGUGAUCUAGUAUUGAAAUUUCUUGAUGGUGAGAAAGGUGAUCAAUUUGCAAAGGCAUGCGCCUAUUUUAUUGAAGAUCAAUCUCAAGCAUUAAAAUUGAUUAAAAAGAAGGAACAAUCACCAGAUUUUGCAGCAUUAAUGAGGAAUUGUGAAUCAAAUCCAUUAUGUCGACGAUUGACAUUAAAAGAUUAUUUACCAUCGAUAAUGACACGUUUUACGAAAUAUAAAAUGUUGUUUGAGUCAAUGUUAAAAUUUUGUGAUGAUUCAAUUGAAAAUGUAAAAUUAACUAAAUGUGCCGAAUGUGCUGGAAAUAUUCUUCGUCAUAUGAAUACUGCACGACUAAAGAAAGAACAAGAAUUAUUAUUAAAACAGAUUAAACAAAAUUUAGAUGUGCAAGUACCAUCAAUUGAUGCAGCACAUUUAUAUAGUUGUUUGGAAGUAACAAAUAAUCGUCUAAUUCAUAGCGGAACAUUAAAAUUAUUACCCGAUGAUAAAUUACAGAAAACAGAGUUUGAAUGUUGUCUAUUCGAUGAUAUAUUUGUUUUUUUUCAAAAAAUUCCGAUCACAUCCGAACAACGAGGUAUUGAAGAAUCGUAUAGAUAUGUAUUAAAAGAACAUCAGCGUGAUGCAACAAAUGGUCGUCAUACUCGACCAAAACAAGGUGGUCGAUUUCAACAAAAUUUUUUUUUAACACCAAUCAUCCGUCUCGAUCAUUUAUUAAUCAAGAAAAAAGCAUGUGGAGGAGCUCGAUCAUUCUAUGUCAUUGAUACCGAUAAAAAGCAGUUAAUUGAAGUUGAAGCAAAUUCAAAAGAUGAUUUAGAAAAAUGGAUAGAACGGAUAGAAAAGGCACGAAAACCAUUUGAAAAACAAAAACUGUUAAGUGGCAAUGAAAAAAGUUUACAAGCAGCAACAACAUCUUUGACAACAAGACCAGUAAUUGUUGAAGAAUCACUACAAUUAGUUGAACCUAAUCAAGUUAAAAGUGAACAAUUAACGUUAAUCGAAGAUAAUCCCAGUUCAUUAAUAAAUGUUAUAACGGAAAAAGAUAAAGAUAUUAAACGUCUUUUGAAAGAAAAAGAGAUGUUAUUAGCACGUUUACUCAACAUUCGUGAAGAACAAAUCAGUGACUCAUCACCAGGCUAUGUUGCAUCUAUUUAUUCGAAAAUCGGCACUGGUGGUGAUUGUAUUGAUGCACUAGCAUGUGCUUCAAGCUAUCAUAAUCAACUCAUUCAAAUGAUCAAUAAUACUCAAACAAAAACUGCUACGGAAAAAAAAUUAUCAUCUAUAUCAACUCAGUCUUUGUGGACAUUAGUUACUCAACUCGGUGAACAAUUAGCAUUAGCUAUGAAAUCGGCUCGAUCAGUUCAACAGUCAUCCAACCGAAAUAAUAAAUUACUUCGAGAAUUACGUUUACAAAAUGUUGAAAUGGGUGAAUCAAAUGAUGAUUUAAAUGAGCCGGAUCUUAGACGAAAUAGUAGUUCUAGUAGUGUUGUCACUGUUACACCAUCAAUCAGUGAUAUUUCACGCUCAAAUCCCACAUUCGAUUUGAAUGAAUCUAUAUCAAUGACAUCUGUUCAUUCAUCUGAGUCACUUGGCUACGGUUCGGAAUCACAUCUAUCUACAGCGUCUCAACAACAACAUCAACAAGAACAAUCAAAUACAAAAUCUUUUUCGAAUACAAUAGUCAAUAGCAGACCAUUAUCUUUUCCAAAUAGUCAACCACAUUCAGCAGGAUUAGUUGCUCUUACUAGUACAGUACUAUCAUCGCCGCAACAGGCAUCUUCCAUUACCGAUUUAGAUGAAGCAAUGAAAACUCCAUCACAUCCAUCAGUUUCAUUGAACAGUAAUGCAAGACAAUUACAUGUGGCCACUGUUGUUGAAGAAAAAUGGGGUUUAGACGAUGAAUUAGAGAAUGAAAACAAUACGGAGAAUGAUGAUAUAGAGAGUGACGAUAAUGACAGUGAAACUGAUGAAAUUAUCGAAUAUCCAUCAGCAGUCGCUCAAAAACAACAACAACAACAAAUAAUCCGUUCUAAUUCAAAUAAUACCUUAUCGACAUCAAUGGAAGCACAAACCGCCCAUUUAGAUUUAGAAGAUGAUGAUGAAAUAUAUGAUAACGUACACAACAGUAAAAAGUCUGAUAAUGAAGAUGAAGAUGAUUCACGAACAUUGAAACAUAGUAGUGAAGCAUAG